GCCAGAGCGGCGGGAGCCCGAGCCCGCGCGUGCUGCUCCGGGAGCGUGCCGUCCAGGCCGAGCACGGCUGCAGCUUCCCUUCUGUGCGCAGCUGGGAGAAGGGCCGGUGCCGACGGGGACGAGGGUCCCGAGCUCCAAUCCCUAUUCAAGAGCUGCCGGGCUGCCCGCUGCCCCUGCCGCCCCAGUGGGGCUCGGCCCCACCCGCCACCUGCGUCCCGGUUGAGCCAUGGAUCCUUCUGAGAAGACGAUAUCGGUGUGGAUCUGCCAGGAGGAGAAACUGGUGUCCGGUCUCUCCCGUCGCACCACUUGCUCGGACAUAGUGCGGGUGCUCUUGGAGGAUGGCUGCCAGCGGCGACGCCGGCAGAGGCGAGGCCGGCGGCGGGGCAUAGCUGGCGACCCGCCAGGCCCAGGAGAGCUGCCGGAACCCCUGGACGAGGACGACGAGGACGACGACGACGAGGCGCUGCCCCAGGGCAUGUUGUGCGGGCCCCCGCAGUGCUAUUGCAUUGUGGAGAAGUGGCGGGGCUUUGAGCGCAUCCUACCCAACAAGACGCGCAUCUUGCGACUCUGGGACGCCUGGGGCGACGAGCGAGAGAACGUACGCUUCGUGCUGGUGCGUAGCGAGGCGUCGCUGCCCAACGCGGGACCCCGCAGUGCCGAGGCGCGCGUUGUGCUCAGUCGCGAGCGCACCUGCUCCGCCCGGGGCGUCCCGGCGCGGCCCAGCCUGGCCCUGACCCAGGAGAAGCAGCGACGGGUGGUGCGAAAGGCCUUCCGCAAGCUGGCCAAGCUCAACCGGCGGCGCCAGCAGCAGCCGUCGUCGCCUUGCUCGUCCACUUCGUCGUCCACAGCCUCGUCCUGCUCGUCGUCGCCGCGGGCCGCCGAGAGCGCGUCGGUUGAGCGCAUGGAGACGCUGGUGCAUCUGGUGCUCUCCCAGGACCACACUAUCCGUCAGCAGGUGCAGCGGCUCCGGGAGCUGGACCGAGAGAUUGAUCGCUACGAGGCCAAGGUGCAUCUGGACCGCAUGCGGCGGCACGGAGUGAACUACGUGCAGGACACCUACUUGGUGGGCGCAGGCAUCGAGCUCGACGGGCGUGGCCUGGGAGAGGAGCCGGCGGCGGCGGCGGCGACGACGCCGGGCGUGGACGGCGAGGCUCAGGCGGUCGAGCUGGAGGAGCUGGCCCGGCGCUGCGACGACCUGCUGCGGUUGCAGGAGCAGCGGGCCCAACAGGAGGAGUUGCUCGAGCGCCUCUCAGCCGAAAUCCAGGAGGAACUGAACCAGAGGUGGAUGCGGAGGCGCCAGGAGGAGCUCGCAGCGCGGGAGGAGCCCCCGGAGGCUGAUGGCGGCCUCGACGGUGAGCUGCUGCUGGAGCGGGAGCGGGUUAGGACGCAGCUCAGCACCAGCCUCUACAUCGGGCUCCGGCUCAACACGGACCUUGAGGCCGUCAAGUCGGACUUAGAUUACAGCCAGCAGCAGUGGGACAGCAAGGAGCGCGAGCUACAGGGCCUUCUCCAGACUUUGCACUCGUUGGAGCUGACGGUAGCUCCCGAUGGGACUCCGGUCUCGAGCGGUCCCUCGCAGGAACCCCGGCCUCAGGCCUGCGCCGAGGUGUGGGUGGACCAGGCCCGCGGACUGGCCAAGAGCUGUCCUGGUAACGACGAGGACUCGGACACCGGGCUGAGCUCUAUGCACAGCCAGGACUCGGACUCGGUGCCUGUGUGCGAAUCCCUUGUGUAGGAGGAGCAGAGCGGGAGAGGGAGACGGUCGAUUCUCCCUUCUUUGUAGAAAGCACCGGCUUGACCGGCUCAGGGACUUGAAACCAGGCGGGGAGUGGGCCCGGACCUUCUGCCGGGCAGCAGCGCUCUGACUGGGCGGGGGAGGGCAGGGGACGCCUGCUCGGCAGCGGCGCUUCUCUGGCCUUGGAGUGAAUGUGGAGGAUGAUACCAGACGAGGAAGCCAGGUCUCCAUUACAAGCUCUUUCAGGGGAAGAAAGGAGGGAGGAGGUGAGAACCCCCUUAUGUUGGAAAACAAAUGCUCCAGGAAAUUGCCGUGGGCCGAGCCCAUUUUCCAAAAAAAAAAAAAAAGUAUUAUGGAGAUUUCACCAAUCUUUUGUAUGGGAAGGACUGAUGGCAGCUAGAACUUUAGUUUGUGGUAUAAAGUGCUUUUUAAAGAAA